GUCGGGAAAAUAUUUUUAUCGUUUCCGUGAAAAGCGGAACUCAGAUCACCUAAAAAACGUCCAUUGUUCUCCUCGAAUUCAGUCAUGGCUUCCAUCAGCCCAUUCAAUAUACUUCUUAAUAGACUCAGUAAUAACAUGAGCACAAUGAAUCUACAAAGUUUAGUUGAUGUUUGCGGAGAGGAGUUCAUCUCUGAGCCAGAACGCGAGAAAAUCUUGAAAGACCCUGAAUAUGGCCGUCGGGAAGUAUUCAAAAUUCUCCGAAGAAGAAACGCAAUUGGAGAUGCGCCUAGAAAGAUGGCGUUUUUGCUUAGGAUUAUAAAGGAAUUGAGGCCCAAGAGACCAGAUCUGGUCAACAUGGUUAAAACGUACAUAGAAGACCAUUACGAAGAACCACCCGAGAUACUGAACGAUUUUGAAUUUAGCUCGGAUGACUAUGUCAUAAUUCCACGACCUUCAUCGACUAUCCCGGAAGUAGACUGCUGUGGCAAAGACUGCUGCAAUGUUCGCUGUGGCUGUUGCAGCUGUAACUGCGGCUGCAAUCCUUGCUGCAGCACGUUUUGCUGUGUUAUGUUGGUGGCAUCGUUGUUGGUAUUUACUACAUUCGUGAUUGUGUUGUUUUGGUACAUUCUUCCUUUCUCCAGCCAACCCUUGAAUGAGAAUGAUAACUUUAAAGUUGUCGGUCGGGUUAUGCUCUGCGUUUUGCUUUUUGUCGCCAUUUGCUUCAUCGUAUUUGGUGUUUACAUUAAAAGAAGGAAGACCGAACUGUCUUAUUUAGAGCUCCAAGGUGACAUCAGCCCUGACUAUGGAAGCGUUAACAGCUCGUCAGACUCAACCCGACCGACUUGUCCAGUGUAUGUAAAGAAGAUUGAUCGAGGAAACGGACGCAGAUGUUCUUGUAGUUCCGGCCACAUUACAGCCUCAAGUUCAUAUGAUUCCUUGAACUCGGCUCGUGGCAAUCGGCCGAUUCCCGAAGCCGCUGUGGUUACCGAUGGCUACAGGAAGCGGGAUGUUGAUUUUCCUCGAGAAAUGGAACAAGCACAAGAGGACGAAACGACCAUUUGUUAGAGCCUAGGGGAGCUUAGAGAAAACCCAGAAAACCGCGACAGAAAUCUGUCUUAUUGGCCCAAAUAUUUGUGUAAUAAGUUUUGUACUGCUUACAGCGAUUAAUAACUAUUCAGUUAUCUUAUAGAGACAUGAAAUAUUGUAAUUUAUCACCGGAUCUCACUGCACAAGACAGACCCAGAAAGACAGCUAAGACUCAGGACUCAUAAUCACAAACUUAAGUUGCUGGUGGCCAUGGGCACAAGCUAUUUUGUUUCAACUUUUGUAACUGGUGUCUUAUUUCAUUUGUAAUAUGUUAAUCUUAAGAAACAUUAUGGGGUAGCUUUACUUGGGGUACAUAGGA